AGCUGUUGAAUAAGGUUGAUGAAUAUUUGGGGUACGCCGUAGUACAUAUAUAUUUGCGAUUGUACAGCUAAGAAAAUGAAUUCGCCGCCGGCGAAAAGAGACUCUUCGCUGAGCUACUAUGUGUUUUGUUAUUUUCAUUAAUGCCUGAAUUGGAGAUUAUCCAUGAAUAAAUAGUCUUGAGGUCUCUGAUUCAAGUCCUACCAUGACUCAAGCUUCCAUUUGUAUAUGAUUAAAUACCAAUUGAAAUAUUCUAUAGUUUCAAUGAUAGUUAAAUUAUUUUAUUCCUUUAUCAAUUAAUCACCUUUUCAUAAAUUUUUGUAGGUAUGUAUGGCUGCUAAUGUCUUCUCAAUCAACAACAGCAAAUACCAAUUCCACAGAUAUCAACAUCAAGGUGAAUUCAAGUCAGACUGAUUCACACACUAGCAGUGAAAGUACUACUACUACUACAAAUUCUUCACAAAAUCAUGACCAAUUAAUUCAUUCAAGACUAGGCAGUCUUGUUCCAGAAUGUGAUUCCGUGAAAUCAGCUUAUGAUUUAUGCUUUCAAGAAUUUUUUCCAACUUUUCUACAAGGUAAUUUUAUUGCCAAAGAUCCAUGUGCAACAAAGUUGAAAGUUUAUCAAAAUUGUCUACGUGAAGCAUUGAAAACAACAUUCAAUAUGGAUUUAGCUGAAUUAGAUGCUAUUCAAACGGAUCCAGAGACAAUUAGAAAUAUUAUUAAUAAUAGUAACAGUAAUAGUAAUAAUAAUAAAAAUAAUAAUAGUAAAAAAACAACAUGA